AUGGAGGAGUUACAGAAAAGCUUCAGUCCUCCGCCGUGUCCCACCACCGUAACAGUGCGACGAAAUCCUCCGAGGAAAGCAAGAGCAACGCCGUAUACAACUGGAGCUAAACCACAUUCUGUCUCUUCGACGAACACGCACAACGUUCCUUCUUUUCCGAUCGACGAGAUUCUCUCUAUCCAAAUCCCACAAUCCGAACCCUUGAAAUCUUCGGUUUUGGAGAGUUUGAAGAUUUUCCUUAGAAUCAAACCAUUGAAAACCCUCACCAAGGUUACCACCACGAAGAGCAGACCUAGAAAUGUCUGGCCCCAAAAUCCUUCGAAGAUGUACAGGAACUCGGACAAGGGGAAGAAGAGUACGAAGAUCGAAGAAGCGUGUAUUGCUCUCAACGAUUCCUAUUCAGUGACGUUAACUCCACCUCAAGCGUUGCAGGAGCUGAAGCGAAGCAAGACUGAGGUAUACGAAGGGUUUUCUCACGUUUUUCCGGCGGAUUGUUCACAGAACGAUGUGUAUGGUAAAAUGGUUCAACCUUUGUUGGAGGAUUUCAUGAAAGGGAAAAGCGGAAUGUUGGCAGCAUUGGGACCUAGCGGCUCAGGGAAGACUCACACAGUCUUUGGAACUCCCAAGGAUCCUGGAAUUGUUCCACUUACACUUCGUCAAAUUUUCAAGAAGAGCGAUGAGUCUUCUCCUGGAUCUUUGAGGUCAUUUUACUUGUCGAUAUUUGAAAUAUGCUCCGAACGAGGGAAAGGGGAGAAAGCUUAUGAUUUACUUGGAGAUGGAAGCUCUGAAUUGUCUGUCCAGCAAUCAACAAUAAGGGGUUUGAAAGAGGUACCCAUCCAUAAUCUAGAGGAAGCAGAGUCUUUAAUUGGACAAGCAAUGCUGAAACGUGCAACAGCUACAACAAAUUCAAACAGCCAAUCAAGUCGCUCACAAUGCAUCAUUAACAUACGAGCAGCAAGCAAUGACGUUACCAACGAAACAAAAAUGCAGUCUAGUGAUGCUAUGCUGACAAUAGUGGACCUUGCGGGAGCAGAAAGAGAGAAAAGAACUGGAAAUCAGGGAGAAAGGUUGGUUGAGAGUAAUUUCAUCAAUAAUACAUCCAUGGUGUUCGGUCAAUGUUUGCGGAUUUUAACUGUCAAAGCAGGCGAAGAGGAUUAUCUUGAUACCUCCUACCUGUUAAAACAAGCAUCACCUUACAUGAAAAUCAAAUUUGAUAACACUGAGGAACCUUGCAACAAGAGGCAGCUCAAGACAUUCCUAAGAGUUGAAAAAAACAAGAAAAUUAAACUCAGUGCUCCCAAGACUUCUCAAAUUGAAGAAAGUGUUGCUGCAGAGAGAAACCGAAAUUCUCAGGAAGUGAAUUUGCAGGGAAAGAAAGCUGAUCCAACAGAUAAGUCAUCUCCGAAGCUGGAACAUGAUUCCCUGGAUAAAAUUGAGAGAGAGCACAUCAUCAUGCGGAAUUUUGCUAAAGUCUUAUGGAAUGUCUUGAAGCAGUACAAUGAGAAAUUAAAAGUUGCAGAAGGUGAAAUUUGCAGUCUCAAGGAUAACCUUAGAAGUGAACAACUCAAAUCUCUUGGAUUGGAGACAGAGUUGAUUCACCUCAAGUCCUCUUGCAAGCAAAACCUUGCAGAGCCAUGCAUACCUAAGAUAGAAGCACUCACACAUGCAAAAGAACAAUUCGAGAGGAAUGUCGAUGAUGAUCCUUGCAACCUUAUCAAGACAAGAGGAGAGGCCAGUGUAGAAGAAUGCAACAAGUCUCCUGUGCCAUGCAAAAAUGUGAAAGAUGCUGAGUUUGUUCUAUGCCACACGUCUACUGACAAUGAUGUGGAGCCAAGACAGCAUCAGCAGCCUGCUAAUUCUGAAGAAAAUGUGGGAACUACUCAGGUUGAAGCUGAAGCUGCUGACUUUCCAAGUGAUCAGGCCAUCCAGAAUCAAGAUGAUCCAACACCUUCACCAGAAAGAGUUGAAGCAAGUCAAGAUUGCAUCAACAACCAGCUGUCUAAGGUUCAAACAGAAUCCGCCAUAUCCCGCAGAUUUUCUGAUUCGGAGAAGCAAAAAAGAAACAGAAGACUGUUGCCUGCAUCAUCCAGAUCGGUUCCUGAGGAAAUGAAUGACUUGGACAUAAAUGAUAACCAGAUAGAGAAACCACAGGUUAAAAUCUCCGAGGCUCAUGUUCAAGAGAAAUCCAAAUCAACACAGGGUCCUGAAAUUGAAGUCCAUGCCCGUGAAGCAGCUAAGAAACAGGGGAGCAGACAGAAACCAAGAAGGAGACUCCAACCUGCUUCAUCCGUGUUACUAACAAGAGAAAUCAACACAUUAGAGAUCGAGGAUGAUGUUGCCGAGCCGAAGGGGAACAGAGGCAGAAAGAAGACAACAGUGCCACAACCGAGAAGCCAAGGGAGUGUCACUCUUCUCCGUCUCCUCACGAACAAUCUUCAUAUCUAA